AACCAGAAUGAGGGAGAGGAGGGUAAUCAAUGGGUACGAAUGGCAAGACAGGGUUUGUCAGCUUUCAGCACGCUUUGGGGGCAAGUUUGCCACGUCUGCGGAUCUGGGGAGUGGGAAUGGAGCAUCGUGGGAUGCAGAAGUUACGAAUGAGCCCUGUCGUGUGCGCUUCCUCGGCGCUGCCCUGAAUUGCGGAGGAGCCUGCAAAGCUUCUGAAGCCUCAAAGUUUGGGAAGUGCUACUUGCAUGGAGCGACGGUUCAAAAAACAGAUCUUUGAUAGUGAUGGGAAAGGCACACUUUACGGGGUCGUAACAUUUUAUUGACAGUUGGUUUUAACUAUUUUGCAUUGUUUAAAAUUUUUCCAUAUUUUAAUUCUGAAAGUCAGCUUGGGUCUUUUUUUUCCUUUUUUAGAAAUAUAUCUAAGAAUUUUAUAGCAAUAGUAAUAAUUUUAAAAACUGAAUCCGCGCAAUCUUUGAGAUUUUUAGGAUAGUCUUGAAAUGCAGUGUCAUUGGACUAUUUAUUAAGAAACCAUCGCUUUUGUCCAUCGCUACGUGUUUUGAUGAUUAAAAAAAAUUGUAUGAUGUAUGCUGGUUUAAACUGAAAGGCGAUUAUUCACCCGCCCUCCAGAAAAAAUGGAAGGUACUUGUUGGACUUUCCUUUCUUUUGCUUGCGUGGCUUUGGCGACUGGAGCUCUCAUCCCAGAACCAGAAGUAAAGAUCGAAGUGCUCUAUAAGCCGUUCAUUUGCAAGAGGAAAGCUAAGCUGGGAGACAUGAUGUUGGUGCACUAUGAAGGCUUUUUAGGGAAUGGCACACUUUUUCAUUCCACCCACAAGCAUAACAAUGGACAACCUACAUGGUUUACUCUUGGUAUAAAGGAAGUUAUCCAAGGAUGGGAUAAAGGUUUGAUGCAGAUGUGUGUUACAGAAAAACGCAAGCUAACAAUCCCUCCGUCAUUGGCUUAUGGAAAAGAAGGGAAAGGAAAAAUUCCACCUGACAGUGUGCUGAUCUUCAACAUUGAGCUUUUAGAAAUCAGAAAUGGACCGAGGUCUCAUGAGUCCUUUCAAGAAAUGGAUCUUAAUGAUGACUGGAAGCUAUCCAAAGAGGAGGUAAAAGUAUAUUUGAAGAAGGAAUUUGAAAGGCAUGGCGCACCAGUCAAUGACAGCCACCAUGAUGCUUUAGUUGAAGACAUCUUUGAAAAAGAAGAUGAGAACAAUGAUGGGUUUAUAUCUGCAAGGGAGUUUGUUUAUACACAUGAUGAGCUAUAACACAUUUUGAAGUAAUUCCCAGUGAGAGAAAGCACUGACCUUCAAAACUAAUACUUCUAAAAGCCUUUUAUUUUGUGUUGUGGAGCUGCCUGUUACUCGUGGGAGGGAGAUGGCAAGGCAUAUUUUUCUACAUUAUUCUUGAUACAAAAUGUGAGUGUGUUUAUACAUAAACUGGGAGCAUUUCAAGUAAGGCUUCUGUUCAAAUGAAACUUUAAAUAGGACACCAUAUUAUGUAUAUAUUUAUUUUUGAAACAUAUGAAACAAAACCCUUUCCAGUGUUUAUUGUUUAAAAUUUCAUUCCUGCACUUUCUGCCUUGAUUCUCUGUAUGGACAAGUCAGUCAUACCUUAGUGGUCCUCAAGUACUUGGUCUAUUUUUGUGCCCUGAGAACAGUGUGCUAUUCUUAAAACUUUAUUAGCCACAUAAAGAGCAAUGUUGAGGUCCCUGGGAAAGCAUGCUGGGGCCAUAGAGUUGUUCAGCCUUUUGGGAGAGGAACAUUCUGCACAAGCUCUCUGGUGGUUCCUCCUCUGAGACUGCAACAGUCUCAGCAGGGUUCAGGAAGAACAGAGGGUGAGAUAGUGCUUUUGGAGGUGGGGGGCAUGGAUCCAUAAACCUUUCAGUUUCCCAUGUGGCCUGCUGGAAAGUAAGUUAACUAGAUGAGUUCAAAGAUUUAUCUAGCAGAACCAGCAUUGGAGGAACCAAGGAGCUGUAAAAACCUCUUAUCUUCUUCCCAACCUGGCAGCUGCAUGUUGGGAAGUCCUCUAUCUUGACUGUGGAGUCUAUAGUAAAGCAAUGACCUAGUUUACCCUUUAAGGGAGAAAUGCUGUGGCAGUUAGCCAGCAGCUGAGGAGCUGUAUUCCCCUCUACCCUCCAAAAUAAGAUAGUUUUCUAUCCCUCCCAGCUGGUGCAAUUCAGCUGCUUUGUGGCUGCAGGAUGGGAAGGAG